AUGGCAGAGAAAUCAUCUGGAUCUGACUCCGAGGAGGAACAGAGUUAUAUUACAUUGGAACAUGUACAUAUUUCCAAGCCCCUUGCUAAACACAUUCAAGCUUACCUUGUGUCAAAACCCAAUAAGACCAAAACAACAAUUAUCAUUGACUCUGGAGCAACAAUUCACAUGGUCUCUCACCACUCCUGUUUUGGGGAUGAAUCCUCUGUAAAUGCCAUUGGCAUUGGAACAGUAAUCCUACAAGCAACUGUUGGCAAAAAGGACUACAAUAUUGCACUGUCAAAUGUCUUACUUGUGCCAAACUUCACAUUAGCAUUUAUCUCCGUCCACAAAUUGUCUAAAAUGGAGUUAUUAACACUUUUUCUUUGA